CUUAGUUGACCAGUCACUGUUGCUCCUCUUAACCACUCCCCUUCAAUCCUAUUUGGUUCUCAACCUCCUCCUCUCACCUCCACGCCCUCAUACUCGAUUGCUGUCUUAUUCGCCUUCCUUUUAGCGCCGCUGGGAUACUUCAAUAGCGUUUUGUUCCGUGUCGAAUCUUGACUACACUAGUUUCGCUGCCAUACUCAAUUUUGCCUCGCCGUGCGUGCCUCACAAGUACUGGCAAGGACCACGCCACAAUGCCCUUCGUUGGAGAAGACGCCCACGCAGGACGUAAGCGACGAUGGAGCGAUGACAAUGAGCAGCCCAGAUUGUCUCUAUACCCUUCAGAGGAAGCCAAGGACUAUUAUAUCCUUGACCAACGGCCGGAGUUAGCCUUACGAAAGGUCCUUCCAGUUUCGAAGCGAACCCGUAUUACCGGCGACGAUAUUCACGUUACAGACGGUCUCAACGCUUCCAGUUUCUCUUUCAAUACGCCCCACCGCCGACGGCGCUCAUCGCAACUUAAGAUGCUGCCGGUGCAGCCCGCCUUUGCCAAAUCUCGAGUGACAGGCGCUCUCCUUGUUCCCUGUAACAUCUGCCACCGCAAACCAACCAAGAAAUCUGAUCUCGACUCCUUUGCAGAUUGUCAGGGAUGUGGCGAGCGCACUUGCUUCAUUUGUAUCAGAGAAUGCCAUGGUUGGAACCUGGACGGUGGCUCUGGUGUCUCGGAGCAAGAAGUACUUUCAAGGUCGUUCCAUAUGGAUGAUGUUGAUGACAGACAGCAACAAGAACAGAACGAUACGAAGAACGGAACACGGCAAGCGGACAAGGGAUGGAACGCUGUUGGACACCGGGCUGUUGUGUGCAGUCGGUGCAGUAUUGAGCGUGGAGCAGAAGGAGACGUCGCAUGCUUGGGUUGCUUCUCCCGGAUGGAAGGCUCAUGAGUCGGAACAUGCAUGGCAUUAUGGGAAUUUGUGGACGAAUAAUGAUGGUUUUCUCGGGCUUAAGCUGGGCGCACACAUCUGCCUUAGGUAAGGUAGUUCUGCAGGGUAUUUUGAGCGAUGGAUCUGCUUUUUUGGAUGGUACGGAAAUGGACUCAUAUUGCACGUUAGCGUUUAUGGGCAUAUCACGGGAACGGUGUUUCGGGUUUUCAGGACCUUGAUGGUCUUGUUUUGUGGCUUUCGGAUUGCAAAUGAACCACGGGAGUAAUUUCACAGUAGAUAGAUUCUGCAGAUAUCAAUAUGGCAUCGGGAGCAUCACAAACAAAGUCAUUAAUGUAAUUCACUAUUGGGC